AGCACGUUUCCUCUCGGGGUGAAAGUUGAGAGGUCGAAGAAAGCAGCCAUUUCCUCCUGUGUUUUUUUUUGUUGAGCGGCGUGGGAUUUGGGUUGCCUUUUGUUUUAGAGACUACCAGAAGAACAUACCAGAUUUAAAAAUAAAAUGAGUUUACCUCUGAACCCAAAGCCAUUCCUCAAUGGUCUAACCGGUAAACCAGUUAUGGUAAAAUUGAAGUGGGGAAUGGAGUAUAAAGGCUACCUGGUUUCAGUGGAUGGGUACAUGAACAUGCAGUUGGCAAACACAGAAGAAUAUGUUGAUGGAGCAUUGGCUGGUCACUUAGGAGAAGUUCUUGUUAGAUGCAACAAUGUUCUUUAUAUAAGAGGUGUUGAAGAAGAGGAGGAAGAUGGAGAAAUGAGAGAAUAAACAUUUUGUAAAAGAAAACCAAAUUCCUUUUAUACCGGAUGUAUCAGUUGUGUAUGAAAGAGUUGUAUGACUUUGUAACUGAUUUAAGUUUUUGGUUUAUGUUGAUUUUGUGUCUUACUGAAACAGUUGUUUUUAGUUUAACUUUGUUUUCCAUGCCGUGUGCUUCAAGAACAGCACAGAAAUAAUAAAAUUGUGCAUAUUGCACUUUUCUUAACACUGUUUAAUGUGCGGUAUGACUUAGUCAAAUUAGAUAAGUGCCAACUAACCUUAUCUGAAGAAUUUAAUGACUCAUGGAAUAGUAAUGAUUCAUUAAGUUUAAUACUGAUAGUAAUCUCUAUAGGAUUGGUAUUUGAAAUUGAUCUGCCCAUCACUAAUACAUAAUUUAAGAUUAUAUGACAAGUGGAAUUUCUCCUUGGGAUUCCAAUUACGGUUUUCAUGCAGUCGCAGGACAUGAUACAGUUAGGAUAAACAGAUGACAUAAAGGCUUCUAUUCACAGUUCAGCCUGCCAGUUUGAGAGAUUUUGUAGAGAAAGGAAGCACCAUGUAGUAGUACGAAUAGGUCUCUUCCUGCCUCUAAUUGUAUCCGCUCCUAGCACUGUUGAUGCCCCCUUGUAGUUAUUGCUUUGUGAAUAAGGCUUGCUACUUUGUUACACUUACUACUAUUCUUAUUUGACAUCUAAAACCAUAUUUGUGUUCUGCUACUUACAAUGUUUAAUGGGGAGCAGAAAUAUGUCAGACCUCUUUUACACAAGGUAUUAUAGUUGUAUGGCAUUUGAGAAGUUAAACUAUUAUCAGUUCCUACUCUAUGUAGAUGGGACUUUUUGUUAAAAUAUUAAUCAAUGCCAUCAGCCAGGCAGCUUCUUGCUCUAGCAGGCUUCUAUCAAACAAGAAUCAUCCAAUUGGUGCUGUGCCUCAAAACCAACUAAUUAAUACUGUGCAACUAUGAAAGCAACCAGUCCUGUACCUGCCACUGCUGCAUCAGCCAGUCUGGUUACUUGUUUAAUAAAGUUAUGUUUUGUUUUCUCUCA